GGAAGCCCGGAAGAGUUGGAAUUGAUGAUGAUGGUCAACCCGAGAUUGAAGGAGAAACACAGGGUUCGUGUUGUAGCCGCUCUUUGAUGUUUCCCUGCGGCAUACAUUUGUGUCCUACCCUCCAGCCUUCGGGAGAAAGAAAAGGAAACAACCCUCUCCCGCACUCUUUUUUGAAGCUGGGUGACGAGGCUACAUGGUGUCUGUCUCCUAGUGUGGAUGCGUGGGUGUCCAGAGAUGGAAGGCUAUGAGGAGUUCUGUCUGCGGAGUUUGGCUGUACUGCAGGAGGAAGGGCUUUUCAAGAAGACAACAAGUGACCCGUUGUGGUCCCUGACGGCUCUCUCUACGAUUUGCUUUCAUGGGAAACCGGUGCUGUCGCCACUGUUGAGUGCAGAGCAGCGUAGUGAGAUGCGUGACCACAGACAGAAGGCGGUCCAGCUGGAGGUGGACAGGCAGAACAUGCAGAAGAAAAUCCUUAUGGCCCGGGUUCAGGGUAUCCUGGAUCAAGCUCAGGCACAAAAAGUACCAAGUGAAGACGCUGAAAAGCUGCCAGCUUCUAAAUCCACAGCGGUCAGUGGCUACACCUUGAUCACAGACUCUCCUGGACUUCCUAGAGACCCUGGACUUCAGACAAAUCAACAGCCAUGCUCUGAGAUUCCCAUCCUUAAUGGCUACAUGGCGGUGAAGGAAGUGAUGACGGAGAGGGUAGAGAAAAGUGAGGAGGAAGACGAGGAAGAAGAGGAGGAUAUUAGUUUGGACAGUCUUCUUAAGAGAUCAAGGGAGUAUGUGAAGAGAGAGCAGACUCAGCAGGAGUCAAAUGUUGUCCACACAGUCAGCAGGACUCCCCUGCCAGAGACCAUCUCUGACAAGGAGAAGAAGAGCUGCAGUCCAAUGAGGGACGCAGGUUUUCAGUUUGGAUUCAGUCUGCACCAUAGCCCCAUUGGCCAACCUCAGACCCAAAUCCAGUAUAAGACAUUCUGUGACCCCAGUCCCCAACAGUCCUGCUGCCUCUCGCCUCCUCUACCCGGCAGGUAUGCUCGUCUCCCCAGCCCACAGUCCAGCACUAGCCCCCGUGCACAAAAACGUAAACCACGGCCAGUUUCUACAGGAAACAUCCAUAUUUCCUUCCCCAUCGGCCCAGCAGACCUUAUCCCUCCAAGUCCUGUAAGAUCAGGGGUAGUUGCUGGCAUGGCAGAUUGGGGAGAAGUCCCAAGUCCCAGCGGCUCAUUGGGGAGUGAACGUGAUGCUGUUAGCAGUGGCAAUCGCCGAUCCAGCCAUUGUGGUACCAGUCCAUCGCAGGAGCCCUUUAGACCCAUUAGUGCCGCAGUGUUCGGCACAAAGGGACAGCUUGACCAUCUGGCGGCAGGAUUUCGCCGGCGCUGCCACACUUUGGACGGCCAACUGCAUAACCACCACUCUGGAGUUGAGCACGUAGACCGCAGCCAGGAAAGGGUUCCUCGUUUCAUGGCAGGAGUUACGUGUAUGGCUCCAAGUUGGCGCACAUGUGGAGCCUCCUUCAACAAGUCGUGUAAAGUAGAGAACCCCUCCCCAUCUCUGCCCUGCACGGCUUCUGACUUGGCUCAGGCCACACUCAGAAUGGAGGCUGAUGACCCUCAAGAGACAAACAAUGGAAGGCUCACACCAACUGUCCUCAGAAAUGCAGCUGAAGCACAAGCCAACAAGACGGAGGAGACCCAGAGGCGAGCACUGGCUCUGGAGGACAUGCAAAGGUGUCUGGAGGAGGAGCAUUCCUUGCAGAUGUGUCUCCUCCUGGCUGAGCAGGAGAAAGAGCAACAGCACCUCUGUCUGGAGCUCGAGGAGUCGGAUAGAAGACUGAAGGAGCACGGGUGUAUGCGGCCUUUGUGUAAGGGUGCUUGUGGGUCAAAUUUGAUGUCUGUGAGGGACAGCCCUUCCUGCCCAGGACUAAACCUUGCUCACACACCAUCUGAGUCAUCACUUGGACACAGUACAGGUUUUCCCAGUCCCGUGAGUUCCAGUGUGUCCUCGCCUUCGUUCCAGCCUCCCGUUUAUCUGUGGAGUCCAACAUGGGCAGGUAGCAAACCUCGAGCGAGGCUCAGUCUGGUUCUGACAGCAGAGCAGCAGAGAGCCUUCUGUCGGAUUGGAGCCGUCAUUCGUGGCUUCCUCACUCGCAGACUGCUCAAAACGGAGAAGGUCAAACACCUGCGACAGACCAUCAUGGAUACACAGGAGUUCAUCCGUUCAUUCCAGACAGAAGCUCCACAGAAGAGAGGCCCCUGCUCAGCACAAGAUCGCUCCCUGCAGGAGAGAGUCAGAGCCCAGUUACGUGCGGCCUUAUAUGACAUCCAUGAUAUCUUCUUUGAAAUGCCUCUCUGGGAUCGAUUAGCAUUGCUGCAUCAGGACAGGGAGCUACGAGCAGAGAGGAAGCUGCGAGACAUGAAGCAGAAAGCCAAGAGCCCCAAGGAGAGAGUGGUUCUGUCUGCUGCCACACAGAGGUCUCUGGACAGAAAAAAAAGGGUCAGUGAAUCCCCGUCCACAGCCAGAAGGAAGCAGCAGAAGCCAAAGAGCACGUCUACUAACAGAGUCCUGAAGCCUAGUCAAGGCCAAAACUCUGCUGUGCCGGGCCAGCUGAACCACCAGGGGAGCUGCUACAGGAAGAGCCCAGAGGAGAGAGUGAGGCGCUCAGACAGCCUGAAGAAGCAGCACUCUCUUGGUUAACGGAUGACUCAACUUUCCUGUGAACUGGAUUUUUUAGUCUUUCUAUACAAACUUUGCCUCAAUGCAGGUCCAGUCUGUGCUGCUAAUAUGAUUGUACCGUGUGAAACUCAAAUGGUUGUAUUCACUACCAUACUAAUAGUAAAUACAUUGGUAAACAUCA